CUGUAAGAGGAACGUGGCUGCGGGGAGGCGUGUGCCGUAAUAGUUUGUGCAAUACUCAGCAGGCGUCCGUAGGCUGUUUUAAGCCAUUUAAGUUUACUUUCUUCGUUUGGCUGACGCGAGGAACGUCAGAAGGCGACGUGUGCCCGGCGGCGGACGCCAUGUACAGCUUCGAGGGUGAGUUUCGACGGCGGCCGCAAGUACGGCUGGGCGGCAGCAGCGGCACCGAGCGGCGCGAGGAGGCCAUCCAGCGGGCGCAGCAGGCAGCCGCCGUGCUGCAGCUGCUGGAGCGGCCGCUGCAGCUGGCCGGCCAGCCAGGCCCGCUCUCGGACCUCGUGCUGACCGCCUUCGCCACCUGCUUCCUGCAGCCACGCUUCUCAUCGCAGGUCCGCCACUGGCUGCUGCCGGCGCUGGCCGCCGGCGGCCGGUUUCCCCUGGCACGCUGCCUGUCCGUGGUGGCGCAGCGGCGCGCGCGCCUACCGCCGUCCACCUGGCUGCUGUUCUCGCUGCUGACGCUCGGCAGGGAUGUGCUAGACGCGCAGCCGGCCGACGUGCGCCUGCUAUACCUGGAGCUGCUGGACUGGGCGUCGGCUCACCUGCGGCCGCGCGAGGCGACCCCGGACGCCGACGACGACUCGGGCGACGAGAUGGAGGCUGAGGAGACGGCUGAGGAGCGUCAGGAGAACGUCACGCUGCGGGAGGCAUUGGACGCGCUCGACCAGCCUGAGCACGUGCGGGCCCUCUGCCGGCUGGUGGACGACGCCGGGCCCGAGUCGGGCGCCGUGCGCGCGCUCUGCGGUAUCUGCUACCACCUGAUCAGCCGCGAGCGACUCGCCAUGCACAAGUACCGGCUGCUGUACACGCUGGCCUUCUCCAAGCGCUUCCUGCGGCGCCUCUGGGCGGCCGUGGAGCGUUGCUCGCAAGCGUCGCUCUUCGGCGACGACCGGUCGCUGCUGCAGACGCUGGCGCGCGGCGUCGAGCCGCUGGCCGGCGACCGCGACCGGCUGGUGCCGCCGCUGGCCGCCUUCUGCGCACUGUUCGCGCACAUGCUGGUGACGUUGCACGACGCCGAGCUGGUGGGCGACGAGCCGCUCUUCCCGGUGGCGCAGCUGGUGGCCAUGUCGGCCACGCUGCGUGACGUCUACCUGGGCCUAGUGCAACUGGCCUACCCGGACCUGCAGCCAACCGUGUCGCCCGCCUACCGCUCGGCGCUGCAGAGCGUGGGCGUGUCGCCGGCGCGGCCGGCCGCCGACGACGCGGCGGCGCAGUGGACCGGCCUGCUGCGCAGCGUCAACGCGCUGCUCUGGCAGCUGCAGUCGCGUGACUCGCGACUCGGCUUCUGCCCGGCCGGCCACUGGUCGGCGCGCACGCAGCCGCUCACCGCCGAGCGCAUCCCUGAGGUGGUGGCGCUCUUCAAGGCCGACCUGCAGGCGUUCCAGCCGUUCGCCGGGCCGAUCCGCUACUCGCGCGAUGAGCUGGAGGCUGGCAUCCCCGUGCUCAGCUCGCGUGACGUGCGCAUGAUGUUGCUGCUGCGCCAACUGCCGUUCGUCUUCAGCUUCCCGCAGCGCGUGCAGCUGUUUCAGGAGCUGAUCCGGCAGGACAAGCAGAACAGCCAGUCCGACCUGGACCACUUCAUGUCCAACGCCGGCACCAGCAUCAGCGUCAACAUCCGCAGAAACUACAUCUACGAGGACGCGUUCGAGAAGCUUUCGCCCGACAACGAGCCGUCGCUGAAGCCGCGCAUGCGCGUCAAGAUGGUGAACGCCAAGGGUCUGGACGAGGCGGGCAUUGACGGUGGCGGCAUCUUCCGCGAAUUUCUUUCAGAGCUGCUCAAGACGGCGUUCGAUCCUAAUCGGGGAUUCUUCCGCAUCACCAACAACAACCAGCUGUACCCGAGCCCGCAGGUGCACCUGCUGGUGGAGCGGCCGGCCGACCACUACUUCUUCAUCGGCCGCGUGCUGGGCAAGGCCAUCUAUGAGCAGAUGCUGGUGGAGCUGCCGCUGGCUGCGUUCUUCCUCACCAAGCUGUUGGGUCGCCAGUCGGACAGCGUCGACAUUCACUACUUGGACUCUCUCGAUCCGGUGAUGUACAAGAACCUGCUGUACCUGAGCAGCUACGAGGGCGACGUGACCGAGCUGGGGCUCGACUUCACGGUGAACGUGGCUGAGCUGGGCGAGAGCCGUGUCGAGGAGCUGAAGCCGGGCGGCGCCGGCAUCGCCGUCACCUCGGCCAACCACAUCGAGUACGUGCACCUGGUGGCUGACUUCAAGUUGAACCGGCAGAUCCAGCGGCAGUGCGCCGCGCUGCGGCUCGGCCUGGCCGACGUCAUUCCGAUCGAGUGGCUGCGCCUGUUCGACCACCGCGAGCUGCAGACGCUCAUCUCGGGCGCGCCCAUCCCGGUGGACGUGGCCGACCUGCGCGCGCACACCAAGUACUCGGGCGGCUACGCCGACGACCACCCGGUGGUGGAGAUGUUCUGGCGCGUGGCUGCCGAGCUCUCCGACCGCCAGAAGACGCAGCUGCUCAAGUUCGUCACGUCGUGUUCGCGGCCGCCGCUGCUUGGCUUCCGCGAACUGUACCCGCCGUUCUGCAUCCACUCGGCGGGCGCCGACGACGCCGACCGCCUGCCGUCGGCCAGCACCUGCAUGAACCUGCUGAAGCUGCCGGAGUACGAGGACGCCGACACGCUGCGCGGCAAACUCUGUUACGCUAUCGAAUCGGAGGCGGGCUUUGAGCUGAGCUAGGAGGGCCGUGGGCUGGGUGCAGCUGUGAUCGCGAUCACCGUCCCGUACCGGGGCGGCGAGAUUUAGAAACGUGCGGGUUCUGCCUGAGAUUGUGCCACUGCGUGGUGGGUAGGCUCUGCUCCGCCUGCAUGAGCGCCGGCGGCCCCUGUCGGGCACUGGCCGCCUGUCGGACAGCUGUGGCAGCAUCACGACAGCUGUGCCAGACGCCGGCGGGGGCGGGCAGCUGUGACGGCCGCCAGUGUUGGACAUCGUCGGCAGGCGCCUCAACAGCCGGCAGCAGUGUCGGGCGCUGCCACCCAUACGACGGCCUCCCAAUGACAUUAUGUUGUGAAAUUUUCACGAUGUGUUGGUCCGACGGCUUGUAACAGUCAUUUACUAGCCAGUUAUAUUUAUCGUAAUACAGACACAAACCGA